UUAUAUUUUGUAAACUCAAAAAAAGAGAGAGAGAGAAGAAGAUACUCAUACUAUUCUUCCACAACUCCAUAAAGCCAAUAGGUCCACAAUCCACUUCCACCUUUCUUUUUAAAUCUUAUAACCUCCAAAAACCUACCAAAAAAUCCAAAAUAAUAAAAUAAAAAAUGCCUACCGGAGAAAAUUCCGACCAUAUUUCCCAAGAACCAAAUAACCUAUUUCUUCUUGCUAAAAUUAUCUUCAAUUCCUUCAAAAUUUUCUUUUCCACCAAAAAAAUUUCAUUUUAUAUUUUCUUUUUCCUUUCCUUUCCACUCUCUUUUUUCCUCUUCUUAUUGUCCUUCCUCACUUUCCCUUUAAAAAAUAGAAUUCAACAUCUUGAAGAGAUCUCACUAUUUUCCUCUAUACAAGUUGAGUCCAAACAUUUAUUGGAAGAAGCAAAUAAAGAAGCUAAGUCUUUGCUAUUCUUGAAACUUUUAUUUUUCUUUCCUACUUUCUUACUCUCCUUUUUUACCGUGGUCGCUACGGUAAAUAUCGCGUUUUCCAUAUGUUCGAAUGGAAAACCGACCGUUAUGAAGGUUUUUACCACGGUAAAAGCUGUUUGGAUACGUGUCUUGGUUACUACGACGUGCAUUUACGCGACCAUGCUAGCGUGUACGGUCAUGCCCGGGAUGCUCGUGGCAUUUCUCGAGACCCGCCCGUUUGUUCGGGUGGUUAUUGAGAUUCUCGGGUCGGGUUUGGAGCUCCAUUUGAUGGGGGUUAUGAGCUUGGCCCUCGUGGUGUCGAUUAACGAAGGGAUGUACGGGUUCGACGCGAUCCGGUUCGGGUCGGGUUUGAUGGAGGGAAAAUGGGUAUGUGGUUGGGUUUUGUCCGGGUUGUUUGUUUUGUUUUCGGGUUUUAUUCGUGACACUAUGGAGAUGGCCAUGGCGAUGGCGAUGGAUGGUUCGGAUUUCGAGAGGGUUGAAUCAACGGUUGUGAUUAAUUUGUUGUGGGAUAAUGUGGUUUGGAUUUUAUUGUAUGCUUUGGUGGUUCAAUGGAGCUGUGUUGCUACAACUGUUUUUUACUUUGAUCUCAAAAAAAGAGAUUCCAUAAAAAGUGAUAGAGAUAGUGAGAUUAGUUUAGUUUAAAAAUACAUAUAUAUUUCGUUUGUGUAAUUGUCGUAUGUAGUAUUAUUGUAGUUCGUAAAAUAUGUAGGAUUUAUAUUUACAACAUAAAUAAGUCGGAUAGUGAAUUCAAAUUUUAUGAAUUCGAGAAUUCAAAAGUCUAUCACAGUUCAUUUAAUUUAUCAAGUUCGAGAUAUAAGAUGCAACUAUUUUAUAGACAAGGAUCAGAACAAACGAUUCCACGUUGAACUCUUGAUCUGCUCAUUUCAACCUCAGAGGAUUGAGCUUCUUAGGAGCACCACACUUCGAUUGAACAACGAAUUUCAAUGAUGAAGAUAAAAGCCAAAUUUUCUUUUUCACUCGAAAGAGGAAUGAAUGUAUACUUGUUUAUUGAAUAUUUCAAUAUUUGUACAAGGUCGGAAUGAAUGUAUACUUGUUUAUUGAAUAAAAGGGCAGUCCGGUGCACUAAAGCUUUCGCUAUGCGCAGGGUUUGGAGAAGGAUACUUGUUU